GCUGCCAUUUUGUCCCUUCCUCAGGCGACGGCGGUUGCUGCUUUCCUUGGAAAGAAAAGAAACGGCGUCACCGGAGCUCAGUUGGCAGAGGGGAGAGGUUGCUGGGCUCGGUGGUGGUGGAGGUUGAGGUUGUAUGACAGACACGUUGCGGUUUCCUUCCCCCUUUCCCUCCGAGGAAAGAACCGGAGCCGGGGUGCCCGGAGGGAGGGGCUCGCUCGUUGCCUUGACCCGCGUCGGCCUGUUGAUUUCACAGACUUUAUCAGGCCUUUCAAGAAGAAACAGGUCAUUUUUUGCUGUGGGUUGAACUCAGAAUGGCUGUAGUCAUCCGUUUACAGGGGCUUCCUGUUGUUGCGGGUCCUGCAGAUAUUCGCCAUUUGUUCUCAGGAUUGAAUAUUCCUGAUGGAGGUGUAUAUAUCACUGGAGGAGAAAAAGGAGAAGCUUUUGUUAUAUUUGAAACAGAUGAAGAUGCACGGCAAGCAAUGAGUUAUUCUGAGAGGUAUAUAAAAAACUCACGUAUUGGGUGUUUUCUCAGCAGCAAAACAGAAAUGCAGAACGUGAUAGAACUCAAUAGGAAAAGAUUUGAUCACAGUGGAAGAGAAACAAUUGGAUCUAGAUGGAUAGAUUCUAGUAACUCUAGUAGCUUUUCGAAUAUAGUUGCAUCCAUGAGUAAAGGAACUGGCAGAUCUGGUUAUGAUUCUGUGGAUCCGUUUGAGGAUAGGCUUCAUUCAAAUGGCUCUGAAAACAGCAGUACAGAUCUUUCGAAAUUAAGUUAUAAUCAUCCUAGGAGUAAUUUAAAUAAGAUAACACAUAAUCAAUUCAAGACAUCUAAUUCAGAUGAAUUGUACUUAUUCAUACGUAGUAUGCCUUACACUGCAACAGAAGAUGACAUAAUUGCUUUCUUUGAUGGUUUACAAGUGGAUGGUAUGAUCAUGUUAAAAACCAAUGGGGUAAACAAUGGAGAUGGUCUGGUGAAAUUUGCUACACCGACUGAUUGCACGAGAGGGUUGCAGCGUGAUAGACAGUAUAUGCGCCACAGAUUUAUAAGAAUAUAUCGCUCUAAUGAAGAGACAUGGAUUAAGAGCAUGGGGAAAAAAGGAUUACAAAUGCAUCAGGAUUUCAGUGAUGAACAGUUUUCUCAUGAUUUCAAUAAAGAAAGACGCCCAGACUUCCAAUCCUCAAGAAUGCAUACCCGUUCAAAGUCUCCUCCAAGGAGGGUUGUGGCACAUACCCAUUCAAGAUCUCCUCCUAAGAGGAUUGCGGCACGUACCGUUUCGAGGUCUCCCCCAAGAAGUGUUAUGACACACAGCCAUUCAAGGUCUAUAUCAAGGAGGGCUGUGGCACGCACUCAUUCAAGGUCUCCACCAAGGAGGAUUACAGCACGCUCUCGUUCACCGUUAUCUGGUUCAAGCCGGUCUCCACCUCAUAAUGGGGAACAUUAUAUACAUGUCAAAAAAUUGCCAUUUCCUAUUGAAAAGAGAGAAUUGAGAGCAUUCUUUGAAGACCUAGAUAUACCUGACAAUCAUAUUACAUUCCUUAAGAUACCUGACAAUAGACCAAACAAAGAUGCAGUUGUGAUGUUCAGAUCAAUGAGAGACUAUUAUUCUGCACUAGGUUAUCACAAGUACCCUCUUCGUGGGCAAGAAAUUUUACUUUUCCCCAUUUCUAAAGAAGCAGUGAUGCAGCUUGCUGGAUUUUCUGAAAAUGAAAAAUCCCCAGAAAGAUAUCACAUUGCAAAUGAGAAAGGUGACUGGGAUAGAUAUUCUGAUCCAAAGACAUGUGUGUAUGUAAGAAACUUUCCAUAUGAUGUGACAAAACGUGAAGUCCGCACAUUUUUUGCAGGAUUUAAUAUUAGCAAUUAUGACAUUCAUUUGCUUUACGAUGACAAAGGAAUUGGACUGGGAGAAACACUGGUCAAGUUCAGAACUGAAGAUGAUGCCCGGAAAGCUGAAAGCUUAAAUCGCCGUCGGUUUUUGGGGACAGAGGUGCUUUUGAGAUGUAUAUCUGAGAAGCAAAUGAAAGAGUUUGGUGUUAAUGUUCCACCAGUGUCAGAUGGAAAGAUGCAGGAUCAUAUCCGUUCAUAUGAAAGAGGUCAACAAGGGAACCGAAAGCAUCCAUCUGAUUAUAGACAUCCACCUAGUGAUCUUAUCAGCACAUCUGAUAAUUUUAAAGAUUCUGCUCCAUUUACAGAGUUUGGUGAAGGUGCUCGUGGAAAUUUUCCAGGUGGACGCUUCAUGUCAGAUUCUAAUGUCAGUGGUAGUUCAAAUUGCUUCACUCUGAUUAAAUUAAAGAAUAUACCAUUUCGAGCAACACCAAAUGAAAUUCUGGACUUUUUUCAUGGGUAUAAGAUUAUUCCAGAAUCUCUUUCAAUCCAGCACAACCAAUAUGGACUGCCUUCUGGUGAAGCUGUUAUCGCCCUAGUAAAUUAUAAUGAAGCCAUGGCAGUUGUUAAUGAAUUAAAUGAUAGGCCAAUCGGCCAACGCAAAAUUAGAUUAACUUUGGUAUAGAUAAAAAGAUGGCUUGAAAAUAUUUGCAUUGUUAAUGUUGAGAAAUGACAUUUUCAAGUAGAAGUUUCUAUUUGUAAAUACUUUUGACUGGUUUUAAAAUUUAGGCCACUAUUGUGUGGGAUUUUAUUAGACACUACUGGAUCACCUUGGUAGUUCAUGAAAACAUGACUCUGAAAGUAUUUUGUUUUUUAUCCCAUAACCCCAUGCAGAUGUCUAAUUUGUCUUUAUUAAUUCAAUAUAGCUGCACUUAGAGCUAGAAAUUAUGUUCUUCUGUGUAUGUUAACAAGAAGACCCACCGUUUUUCUUGAAUUCUUGUCCAUUAUUAUGUUCCGUGGUAUUUUGAGUAUCUUUUUCAUGCUGGUUCAGCAUUUCUUUUAAAAUAAAAAUAUAUCUAUUGAAAAUUGUGCUUAUUUUUAUUUGGUACAGUCUGGACACUUAAGAACUUACCUUGCUUAAUAAUGUGUACCUUGCUUAAUAAUGUGUUAUUAAGAUGUUAUGUAAUGUAUGUGUGAUUUUUAUGAUUGGAAACCGCCCUGAGUCCCGGGAGAUAGGGCAGUAUAUAAAUAAAGUUUUAUUAUUAUUUUACUAUUAUUAAGUUAGGGCUGCAUUUUGACAAUGAAUAUAUCCCAUUUUUACCUUUGUAGCACUUGCAGAAUAUACUUAAUAGAGGAAAUACAGUGUAAGAUAACAUAGGAGGAUUUCUUUUGCAUUGUGUAGCUCUUCUGUGCACUUCAAGCCCAUAGAGUAGCGGAUGACCUGAAACAGGUUUACAAAAUGUUGUUGCUUUGAGGAAAAAAAAAUGAGUGCUUUUAAAAAUCACGAUGGAAUAAUAGUUCAGAACAGUUAUAGGAAGGAUUUAUGGAGAAACAAGUAUAGGGAAGAAUGAUUUAUUACUACAUAGAAGCAGGCCUGUAGUGAGUAUAUAAAUAAAGUUUUGUUAUUAUUUUAUUAUUAUUAACUAGGGCUGCAUUUUAACAAUGAAUUUAUCCCAUGUUUACUUUUGUAGCACUUGUAGAAUAUACUCUUUGUAUUGGUAAGCCUAUCUGAUUUUUAAGAAAAGCUUAUCGAAAUCUUCUUAGACUAUCCUUUCCUGUCCAGCCUGUCUGUUCCAAGACAUUACUUCAAAAUGUAUGUACCUUUUUACAUAGGAAGAUGAAAAAAAUACUUAUAUAUGGUGUAGCUUUUCAAAGGAGUUAGUUUUCUCAGUAUAUUUACAGUUUCAGAUUUGUUAAGAUGACUGGUUAUGUAGGUUAUUUUAUAAGAUAUCCAAGCAUAUUUCUAUGCCUUUAUCUGUGGAUAUUCCAGAAUUUGUGGAAGUAACGGGUUGUUGAAUGUGUGCUUCUUAAAUUACCUAUUGUUUAUUUAUUUAAUAUUUACUAUAUUUAUACCCUGCUCUUAAUCCCAAAGGGAACUCAGUGCGGCUUACAGAGUAUGGCAAAGUUCAGUGCCGCAUUAUACAACAAAUAUAUCAAAUUAUAAAACAAUUAAAACAUAUAAAUACAAUAAAACAGAUUGCUGACCUUGGGAUGCUGAAAUGUAGGCUGGUCUAAAUGGAGUCCGGCAGCACCAAGCAGCCGGAGUGAGUGCCCAGAAGCUGAGUUAGGUGCAGCAAGGGAAACAAACGCUGCCCCUUCCCCCAAAGCCCCUGGUCAUGGUACCUUCACUUCUUGCUUUUGUCUGAGACCCCGUGGGAGUGGUUCUUUUUAUGCUCCAGUCUCUGGGCCCCAGCCUCUUGACUGCCACGAUAUAAAAAUACAGUGAAAUGGCAAGAUACUAAUAACACUCCAGUGGAGUUUUUCAUUUGGUUCAACAGUAGCAAUCCACAAAUUUGUAUCCCUGUCACUUCAGUUAUACUUUUAGGCAGGGGUCCUCAAACUUUUGAAGCAGAGGGCCGGUCCACAAUCCUUCAGACUGUUGUGGGUCUGAAUUAUCAUUUGAAAAAAAAAUACAAAUUUCUAUGCAUACUGCACAUGUCUUAUUUGUAGUGAAACAACAACAACAACGAAAGAACAAUACAAUAUUUAAAAAUGAAAACAAUUUUAACCAACAUAAACCUAUCAGGAUUUCAAUGGAAAGUGUUGGCCUGCUACUGGCCAAUGAAAUAGUCAAGUUAAUUAAGAUUGUUGUUGUUAUGUGCCUUCAAGUCAUUUCAGACUUUGGCCAGUCCCAAGUCUAAAAUUAAUUAUUUAUUUACUGCAUUUAUUUACUACAUUUAUAUCCCAGCAGGUAUAUGUACAUACAAUAUAUUAUAUUAUUAGCAUAGCACAAUAUUAGCAUUAUAUAAUUCUAUAUUGAACUAUAUCACUAUACUAUUAUAUGUUAUGUAAUAUAUAACAUAUAAUUAAUAUUAUUAUAUGGUAUUAUUAUUAGUCUUAUAUUGUAUAACAUAGUAUUAUUAUCAAUAUUAUAUGUAUAUACAAUAUUAUAUUAUUAAAACUAAUACAAAAAUAUUAUAUUGUAAAACUGAGGGCGGGGGCCAGGUAAAGACCUUGGAGGGCCGCAUCUGGCCCCCGGGCCUUAGUUUGGGGACCCCUGCUUUUAGGUAUUCAGCGUUACUGAUGCAAUUUUAAAACAACAAAGCUGUGGGAAACUAAACUAGGAUUUCUCUGCCUUACCCUUGUAAACUGUUUGAAAAUCAGCCAUGUGAAAGAAGAACCACUCCUUGAUCUGAUGCAUCUUGCUGUUAAAUGACAUCUUUUGUGAAAUAGGCUCUUGUCUGCAAAUGUUUAUGUGAAAAAUAAAUGAUUACUCUUUAGUUGC